AUGCUAACGAAACUAAAGAACUCUUUCAGAAAGAAGGGAGCAUCCAAUUCUACUGAAGAAUCGUCUUCCUCCUCUGAAAACAUUGGUAAUCAGUCCAUUACUAGAUCAUUUCACAAUUUAAUUCAAGACAAAACAGAAAAAACUCAAGAAGUGAAAGAAACUAAACAACGAAGAGAAAGUGAAGGAUAUCUAUUGUUACAUUUGAUAGGAGCAAGUAAUUUACCAUCGGCUGAUGCUAACGGAUUGUCAGAUCCAUUCUGUAGUAUCAAGAUUAAAAACACAGGUCUCAGUGAAUCAGAGGAACAAUAUCAAAAAACUGAAGUAAUUAAGAAAGAAUUGAAUCCACAUUGGAAUUCAUUCUUUUUCUUUGAUGUGAUUGAAUUUAAUGGAACUUUUGUAGAGUUUGAGGUUUAUGAUUAUGAUAGACUUUCAAAGAAUGAUUUAUUGGGAGGAUGUGCAUUUAAUAUUAAACUAUUAACACCAUGUGUUCAAACAGAAUUAUCUAUUGGAUUAGAUACUAAAGGAACAGUUGACUGUAACAUGAUGUACAUUCCACAAACAACUUUUGGUUUCUUGAUGAAGAAAUGUAUUGAAACAAAGAACAUGUACAUUGAUAGGGAUUUCCCUGCCACCACUACAUCCAUUUGUCAUAAUGAAACCUUUUUAUCAAGUAAGGGAAUUGACCCUUCUUCCAUUAAUUGGAUGAGACCUAAAGAAUUCUGUAAAGGAUCUCUGAGACCAGAACUUUUCCUAGCAGGUGUUGAACCAGCAGAUAUCAGACAAGGUAAAAUUGGUGAUUGUUACUUUUUGGGAGCUAUUGCAGUUGCAGCAUUGCAUCCAAAAUUAAUCAAAUCCUUGUUUAUUCCAUCUGCCUAUAAUGAAUAUGGUAUCUAUCAGAUUAAAAUGUUUUAUAAUGGUAUUUGGCAAGAGGUCAUUAUUGAUGAUUAUGUUCCAGUGGUUGUCUCUUCAAAGAUUGAACAAAAAUCAAGAAGUAAUUAUGCACCACUUUUUGUAAGAUCAACUGAUUUGGAAGAAUUAUGGGUAAUUUUAUUGGAAAAGGCAUAUGCUAAAUUACAUGGAUCAUAUGAAGAUAUUGAAGGUGCUCAUUCAAUUCGUGAAGCAUUUGAACAUUUAACUGGUGGUUGGUCAGAUGCUAUCGAAUUAGCUCCAUACAUGAACGGUAAAAAAUCAAAUACUGACCUAUUUAAUAACAUGUUGGAAUGGAAAAAGAAUAGACAUUUGAUGGCAACUUCAACUGCUAGUGAUAAUGAUUUUGAUUUUGAGAAUUAUCUUGUUCCUAAUGAUAAUGGUAUAGUUCCAAAACAUGCCUAUUCAAUUCUAGAUGUUCGUUAUGUUUCAAAAGAGGAAAGUCCUGAAAAUAUUCCAUAUCAACUUGUCAAAUUGAGAAAUACAUGGGGUAAAACUGAGUGGAAAGGUAAAUUCGCUGAUGAUUGGGAAGGAUGGACUGAUGCAUUGGCUAAAAAACUCAAUCAGGUUAAUAGUGAUGAUGGUUCUUUCUGGAUGAGCAUUGAUGAUUACGUUGAACAAUUUAAUUACUUGUACAUUUGUCGUGUUCCAAUCACUGAUGGAUUUAUUAGAGAAAUUUCAGCAAUUCCAGUUGAUUUGGAUAUUAAAAAGAUGAUUAAGGAAAGAGCUAGUAAUGCACACAUUAUUUUCGAUAAGAGAGGAGGAGCAUGUGAGUGGAAUCAAGAACUUUAUCAAAAUGCAGGUGGACAAAUUUAUUUCAAGGAGAGUUUCUUCCAAAACCCACAAUUUAGAUUGACCAUUGAUUUACCACCAUCUUUAGCGAAUCAAGAUGAUACAGCAAGUAUUUCAGAUUUUAAAUCAAACAUGAUUCGUAUCAUUGUUUCUAUUCGUAUAGUUGACGAUGAAAAGACAAAGGAUGCCAAACGAAAGAAACAAACCAAACCAAAUCCUCUAGGUCUAUACGUUUUCAGAAAUAGAAAGGCACAAAAAUCUGGCAAGUAUGCCUUAAUGGACUUUCCAGAUAAUGCAGCUGAUAGAGUUGGAGAAACCAACAUGAAGAAAUUGAGUCGUGAUGCUGUGGAAAUUUAUCUCCCAAGACCAAAUCCAAAGAAAUACGAACAGGAGAAACAAGAAGGAUUGCACGAUUAUACCAUUGUGGCAAGUCGUUGGUAUCCUAAUACAGAAGGUUCAUUUGCUAUUCAAGUUUGUUCAGAUUACAAACAUUUACAGUUUGAGGCAAUUGAUGGAUCUCAAUCAGCAGCUGCAUUUUGUAAAAAGGUUAUUAAGAGUGAGUGGAAUGGAGUGGACUCAUGUGGAGCUCAUUGGCAAACAUCAACCUUUUCUACCAAUCCAAAAUUCCUUAUUCAAUGUAAGGAAAUUCCUAACCACCCACAAGGUAGUGAAGAUUCUCAAUUUAUUAGAAAUGCUGUGAAUAUUUAUGUGGAAUCUGAGAAUGGAAAGAUACCAUUCUUUCCCUAUGUAGUUUCAUUGGUCAAGUUUAAAAAGUGGAUGCAACAAUCUGUACUGCAACCAAUCACUGAAGAUCAAUGUGUUCUAUUUCCACCUAAUGGAAAUGAGUUCUUUACCAUUCGUCAUUCUUUUGAUUGUGAGUUGGCCUGCAGAAGAGAUAAACCAGUUUCAUACUUGCUCAUCUUGGGAACACCUUACAAGAUGGCUGGAAAAUUUACAAUUGUUGUUAAGGCUGAACAAGAAAUUACUAUUGAACAAGUUUCACUCUAA